UUUAUUUAAAUGUACAAAAUCGAUGAAGUCACCUAUAUCUUAACAUUUAAGGCUCAUUAAUUUGACGGACGAAAGCUCAACAAAGCUAGGCAGUACGCAAAGAUUGUAUUCAUGGGAAAUGACUACAAUCGCAUUCUGAUAGCCUUAGAAGAACUAUCAAACCUGCUUCCAUUGGAAACAUACAAUGAGAAGGUAUGAAAAGCGCAUAUGGGCUCAAAAAACAAACUGGAUGGAGACUAAAAUUUCGGCAUACAACAAUAACAAAUAAAAUCAGAUACCCCUUUCUAGAAAUGGGGAUUGACUGCGAUCCCGGAAACAUACUAUACACUUAACAGACUAUAAAGGAGCCAAACUAGGGAAGGAUCCAGGUCAACUAUUUUCUUUGUAAAGCCAAGAGCAAUCAAACUUACCAGGGAAGUAUACCUCGGUCUUUUAAGAUUGGGCACAGAAAAUUUUAAAAUGGGUUCCUCUGUCAGACCUCAUACAGCCAAGCAGCCAUAAAAGUAUUAGCGCAUAAAAGGCCACAUCCAAAUUAACUCCUCCAAAACCUGGGAAAACUAUAACUGACAAUAUCUUAGUGCCAGGGCACAAAGAAGUUCUGGGUAAUGAACAAGAAGACAAACUGGCCAAAGGUAAAUCUGCAAGAUCAUUUAUAAGGUACAAAACGUAUACUUGAUAUAACAAGAUCAGCCAACACCAUCUCAGAAUAGGUCCAUAAAAGAUGACGUGGAGGAGCUCCAGAGAUUCCAGACAAGUAAACUUGAUUAAAGAACCCUCACCAAAACUGGCGUUCAUAUUGGUACAGUUAGAUAUGGUAAGACUCAAGGUUAUCCGGUUUCUGGCAUCUGAGAAAACACCUGCACAACAUGAGUAUUUUUAAUGGUCACCUCAUUUGUACGUUACGUAAUGAGGAGGAAGAACCUAUGAUACGAAAAAUCUAGUCAAAUGAACUGCACUAAGAAACUAGAAAAAGUACAAAAGCCAGAAGGCUACUCAAUCAAAAUCAAAAAUCAACAAAACAAAGUAUUACCUAUUAUCUACCACAUCAGCAAUGCUGAUAAACGCCUCCUAGGUAAACUCUACUUGUUGAAACCAAUUUGUCCAAUUCAACCGAUAGACGCAAAAUUUCAUUAUUGUUCAGUAAGCAGGCCAGGUCUAUCGUGUACAUUCCAACAGUUCUACGCACUUACAGUCUCCCCAAGGCAAUCAUGAUCUGAACAUCCGUGAGUGCUAUAAGUGAACUGAACACUAUUUUCUCAAGAAAUGAUGAGUCGUUUCCAUCUGCUCCCAGUUUCGGAGACGAGAUAGCACUGAUUAAAAGAUCAGUAGGUCUGUCACUGCUUAUUCCACAAAACUUAGCUGGGAGAGGAAGAUCAUUCCUAUUUCCAAAUAGUUUCAGUGAAGGAUUAAAAACUGGCAUAUGGGGGCCCACCUUUGUUUAUAGAUUACCGUUCAAAAUUGUUCAAAACAUUUUAAAAGCGUGGUAUAGCGAAAUUACUUGUAAGAAACCUGGAGGCCAAUAAAAAAUGGCAAUGUAGUGAAAAUCUAAAUUUUUAAAAGUUUACUAAUAUAACAGAUGAUCUACCACAUUGUAAGUGUGAUGAUGUGGUUGGUCUUAAUCAUAUUUGGUUUUAUUAUCGAGAAUCAUGGAAGGCAAGUACAGAGGAAUGCCAACUACAAAGAAUUUCCUUUCAUGAUCGCCAUUGUCGAUUCGAGAGUUGGCCUCUCGGAAUGCGGAGGAGCGCUUGUCUCCGACUUAAAUUUUGUCACCGCCGGCCACUGCGUUACCAAGUACAACAGGGCAAAUAAAGCGUUUCGAAUUAAGGACUGCAAGCUGUACUUCGUCGUGGCCGGAAGCAGGUUCCUCUGGCCUAAAGAAUACGGUUACAAAAAACGAGAGGUACAAUCUUGGCGGCCGCAUUCUUCGUUCGACACAGUACUCGGUGGGAUGAACACACACGACAUUGCAGUUGGGAUGCUUGCGAGUCCGAUGAACCAAAACGACUACGUCCAUCCGAUCCGCCUGUUUUCGCACAGGAGUCGGCAGAUCAGCAAGGAGUUGAAAGAUUUGAAGAACUCAGGCGAUACCUGCUUCACUCUUGGUUGGGGCAGACCGAGCAUCACAUGGAACGCGGACCUAAGCCUCUAUGAGUACGCUAACGACUCUCAUUCUAUCAGGGUGACGCAGGUGAAGCUCCUCAGGGACUUUUUCUGUUCAAAAAGGCUUUGCAAGAUCGAUAAAACGUUUUGCAAUUUUAAGUUAAGCUCUUACGGCAGCAUCUGCGGAACCUCGGAUUUGACUAACAGCAGCAUUUACCCGACAGACGCAGGUGGGCCCCUCGUGUGCCGAGGGAUGAUAUUUGGCGUUGUCGGAUGGGUUCGCAGCUGGGACUUGAACAACACGCCAAUAAUAUACUCGAACGUUAAACUCAUUUUAGAAAUGGAUGUCAAUUUCUAUUCUUUUCAAUUAAAACUUAGGGCAAAUAAGAUUUUGCUUUUGUUUUCACUUCAGGCACUAACGAUUAUGCAAUAAAGACAGUAUUACGCAAA